AUGAUCUGGCAGCUGUUAUUGGUGGCGUUGGCGUUGGGCGCGGCGUACUACCGCUGGUCGCGCAGGCGCCUCUACAAGCUCGCGGCCGAGAUACCGUGCUUACCGCACAGCUACCCCGUCAUCGGACACGCACACAUCUUCGCUGGCAGUAACGAAGGUAAACUUGUAGUAGUUGUGGUUCGUUGGUGCUGGGCGCGGCGUACUACCGCUGGUCGCGCAGGCGCCUCUACAGGCUCGCGGCCGAGAUACCGUGCUUACCGGACAGCUACCCUGUCAUCGGACACGCACACAUCUUCGCUGGUAGCAAUGAAGGUAAACUUUAGUUGUGGUUCGUUGGUGCUGGGCGCGGCGUACUACCGCUGGUCGCGCAGGCGGCUCUACAAGCUCGCGGCCGAGAUACCGUGCUUACCGGACAGCUACCCCGUCAUCGGACACGCACACAUCUUCGCUGGUAGCAAUGAAGAUAUUAUGCAAGUGUUACAAAAAAUAGGUCGAAUAUCAAAUCAACACGAAGGUCUUACAAGUUUUUGGCUGGCCAAUAGGCUGUGUGUUGGUAUGACGGACCCUGCAGCCAUUGAGGUGGUUUCCAAAUCGUGCCUGGACAAAGACGAAAACGUAGCAAAGAUUUUUCGAACCGCCAUAGGGAACGGUUCUUUAUUUGCUCCAGUAAACAUUUGGUACCCGCGUCGCAAAAUCAACGCGCCUUUCUUCAAUCGGAAGAACCUGGACCAGAUGGUGCCAGUGUUCGACUCGAAGAGUUCCAUCAUGGCCGACCUGCUGCGGACCGAGGCGGGGGGAGGCGACUUCCCCAUCUGGAAAUACGUCACCACGUUCACGUUCGAUACAGUUUGCGAAACUGCCCUGAACACUGAAAUUAAUAUGCAAAAGUGCUCCGACCAUGACUAUCUUCUGCGCGCAAUAGAUAAAUGCACGCAAGUUAUGGCGAAGCGCAUGUUCCAUCCGUGGCUGCACCCCGACUUCAUCUACAAGAGGCUACCCGUGUACAAACGGUAUCGACACCACUUGCAACGUGCAUAUACCUUCUUAGAGGAGAAUAUACGAAAGAAAAAGGAAAAAAUAACAGAAUCUGGACUUAAGAAUUUUAAAAACAACAAUGAACUGUCACAUUUCAUCGACGUGGUAAUCCAGUCUUCUGGAGGGCUAGAGAAGGGUUACUCGGACAUGGAACUGCGCGAGGAACUCCUGGUGUUUAUGGUCGCCGGGAGCGACACGUCAGCCACCGCGGUCAGCUACACCACUGUGCUGCUGUCCCGGUACCCGGCCGUGCAGGAUAAGGUGUACCAGGAACUAUACGAAGUGUUCGGCGCGUCGGACCGCACCGUGACCGCAGAGGAUCUGCCGAAGCUGACGUAUCUGGAGGCCGUCGUCAAGGAGAGCCUGCGACUCUACCCGCCGGUGCCGAUAGUGCUGCGCGAGGUCCACGGGGAUACACUUCUGCCGUCAGGCACAACGCUGGUGGAUGAGACGACGGUGAUGUUCAACAUCUGGGGCACGCACCGGAACCCCGCGUACUGGGCGCCCGACGCGGAGGAGUUCCGCCCCGAGCGGUUCCUGCGGGGCCCGCUGCCGCACCCCGCCAUGUUCGUGCCCUUCAGCCACUCCGUCAGGAACUGCCUCGGUUAGUAUACAACCCCGCGUACUGG